CCCGGGGGUCCGGGCAGGACGCGGCACUUCCGCGCCCGCUCUCCGCUCGCCCGGCCCGCGCCGCGCCCCGGGCCCGGGGAGGAGCUGCCGUCGGAGUGAGACGCCGGGGCCUCCGCGCCGCGCCCCAGUCUCCGGCCCGGGAGGGGUCCCUUUUCCGCGAAGUGAUGGCACCAAGAAGAAAUGAGAAAUACAAACUUCCUGUUCCACUUCCAGAAGGCAAGGUUCUGGAUGAUACGGAAGGCAAACAAUGGGUGCUGGGCAAGAUGAUUGGCUCUGGAGGAUUUGGAUUGAUAUAUUUGGCUUUCCCCACAAGUAAACCAGAUAAAGAUGCAAGGCAUGUAAUAAAAGUUGAAUAUCAAGAAAAUGGCCCAUUAUUUUCAGAACUUAAAUUUUAUCAAAGAGCUGCAAAAAAAGACUGUAUCAAAAAAUGGAUAGAACUGAAACAACUUGAUUAUUUAGGAAUUCCUCUGUUUUAUGGAUCUGGUCUUACUGAAUUCAAGGGAAGAAGUUACAGAUUCAUGGUAAUGGAAAGACUAGGAAUAGAUUUACAGAAGAUCUCAGAUCAGCAUGGUACUUUUAAAAAGUCAACUGUCCUGCAGCUAGGUAUCCGAAUGUUGGAUGUACUGGAAUUUAUACAUGAAAAUGAAUAUGUUCACGGUGAUAUAAAAGCAGCGAAUCUACUUUUGGGUUACAAAAAUCCAGAUCGGGUUUAUCUUGCAGAUUAUGGACUUUGCUACAGAUAUUGUCCCAAUGGGAACCACAAACAGUAUCAGGAAAAUCCUAGGAAAGGCCAUAAUGGGACAAUAGAGUUUACCAGCCUGGAUGCCCACAGGGGAGUGGCCCUGUCCAGACGAAGUGACCUUGAAAUCCUCGGCUACUGCCUGCUGCGGUGGUUAUGUGGGAAACUGCCCUGGGAACGGAACCUGAAGGACCCUGUGGCUGUCCAGACUGCUAAAACAAAUCUCUUGGAUGAGCUCCCUGAGUCAGUACUUAAAUGGGCUCCUUCCGGAAGCAGUUGCUGUGAAAUAGCCCAGUAUUUGGCAUGUGCUCAUAAUUUAGCAUAUGAUGAAAAACCAAACUAUCAAAUGCUCAAGAAAAUUCUGAACCCAGGUGGAAUGCCUCUAGGACCACUGGAAUUUUCCACCAAAGGAGAGAGUGUAAAUGUGCAUGCUCCACACAAUCAACAAGUUGAUUCGAAAAAGGCUGCAACAAAGCAAGUCAAUCAGAUGCAAAAUAGUUUAAUAGAAAAAAAAGUCCAUAGUGAGAGAAGUGCUGAGUCCCGUGCAACACGGAGAAAAGUGCAAACAGAGGACCAGCUGACUGGCUGGCUUCACAGUGCAACAGCUCAGGAAAGCACAAGGAGAAGACAAAAAUAUUGUGAGUCUCAAGAACUUCUGAAUGAAGGAAAAAGUUCUCCACAAAAAUCCAGCUGUAUGCAAUUCCAAAAUUCAUUUUAUGAACCCCAUCAAGACUCUACCAGUCCAGAUAUAUUCAACAAAUCAAGAUCUCCAACUUGGUACACAUACACUUCUAGGACUGGUAUGGAGGUCACAGACUUAGAAAGUUCUACAGGAUUUUGGCUUACAAUGUCCCAGUUUACUCUUAGUGAAGAGGCAAAGGCAGAUGUAUAUUAUUAUGGCUCCAUCAUUCUUCUUCUUUUUGUAUUAGUAUGUCUUGCUUUAUAUUUUCUCUGAAGAAAUCAAAUAAUUUCUUUGAUAAUUUUUAAAGUUUCCAGUUCUUCACAGAAAUGUUACAUUCUUAUUUCAGAGUUUCCUUCCAGACAUUUUCAAGGUAAUUGGCUUAUAAAAAGAGAGAAUAUUUUAACAAAGAAAGUUUAUGGACAUUCUAAAAAGUAAAAUUGCUUUAUACUAGUUAUGGUGUCAUGAUACAGUUUGGAAAAUAUUUUGCUCAAGUUUCAGAUCACCUAGGGAAUCUAGAAAAGUGGUUAACCUUUUUUUGAUCAAAAGAGCAAUUUGAAAAUUAAAAUGUUAUUAAUAGGGACAAUUUAUCUUAUAGAACCUUUUCUUCUUUUAAAAAAAUACAUAGGAUAACAGAGGUCUCAAAGUUUUAGAUAUCUAUAUAGUAUAUCAGCUCAUCUAUCUUCUAAAACACAUUACUAACAGCUAGGCAUAUUUUAUGAAAUGUGAUUAAUAGUUUGCUUACCUUACUACAAUAUGGACAUUCACCAAAUAUGAUGUUAAAACUCUGUCUACUAGUCAGUAGUCCUCUCAACCACUGAAAAUUUUAAAAAGAUGAUAAAGAAAACGAGCAAUGUCAGCAUGAUUACAAAUUACGGACACUCCAAAUAUCAUUCCCUUUCUUUUUGAAUGCAUUAUAUUGUUAUUCCAGAAGAUUUACCUUCUUAAUUUUCUUUUGCAAGAGUAAGGGGAACAUUUCCUGAGCCAAUACCAGACUACUGUAAACCCACAGGGAUUUCAAGGUCUAUACCACUGGUUUAUAACCAAAUUAUGGGCCCCUUUAAGAAUUUGAUGAAAAUUAUGCACCUUCUCUACCCCUAAAACAGACAUACACAAAAAUAAUGCAUACAAAUCCAUGGGGUUCACAGACCCUAUCUAAAUCCAUUAAUCAUAAAUUAAGACCUCCUGCUGUAAAAGAUACCAUAGGCUCUUGAAAAUUUAAGUCCUAAUUCUGCUCUUAAUCACCAAUAGUGGGAGAAUUCUCAAUCCAUUAAUUACAGGAUGAGGAAGUCCAUUUUUAAAAAUUAAAUGACUAUUCAUUAUUACAAAAGAAAAUACACAUUCCCUUAAGAGUGUCUCUAUAAUUAGACAUAGUAUUUUAUUAUUUUAUAUUACCUAAGUUCUCCAUUGUUAAAAUGCAAAUAGCACCAACUGCUAUCUCUAAUCACAAAAAUCAGGAGGUGAUAUUAAGGAAGACUUUGAAAAUGGAAAGUACCAUACUACUGCAAGGUGUUUUAUAUACAGAUGCACAGUUAAUCCUAUGUCAACUGUGCCCUAAGAUGAAUGCUUUAGAGAGCAAAUGACUACAGACAGGAAUGAAAGCAGACUUCACAUGUAAUAAACAAACAGUAAACAAAACGUCACUGACUGAGAGUGCUAU